AUGGGCCGGGCUUCGUUGCUCUUUCUCCUCCUCCUCGCAUUUGGGUUCUGCUUCGUGACAUAUAACUUCUUGACUAUGAUCAUCCACAACAGAACCAACAAUUUGCAGAACAAUAUGGUCGACAGUCUGGAUGGAUUGUCAUCGUCGUUCGAUCCUGUCGUUAAGAUGGUAGACAAUGUGAAGAUCUCGAAGGGUGGAAAGUUACCUUUCCAUGUCGCGGUUACGGCGACGGAUGCUCCGUACAGUAAAUGGCAAUGCCGGAUAAUGUAUUAUUGGUAUAAGAAGGUGAAGGAUUUGCCUGGAUCUGAGAUGGGUGGUUUUACGAGGGUUCUUCAUUCGGGAAUGGCCGACGAUCUGAUGGAUGAGAUCCCAACGUUCGUCGUCGAUCCUCUACCGGCAGUUUGA